AUGACAUUAGAAAAGUUUGUAGAGCAUGUUGGAGAUGCCAAUAGCUGUAACAAUAAUGCUAGAAUACAAUUUGAAGCAUUUAAAGAUCAAAGACAUAGUGUGGCAAAUAUGUUUAGAUCAAAUGCUCGUGAGGUGGAUGUUGCUUAUCGCUUCCAUUUGACGGCUUCAUUGGUUGUGACUCGUUUUCUAUUGAAGCAAAGAUUGCCUUUUCGUGGACAUGAUGAGUCAACUAGUUCUUCAAAUCGAGGUAAUUUUCUUGAGUUGCUUCAAUGGUAUAGUGAUCAUAAUGAUGUUGUUUCCAAAGUUUUGGGUUCAAAUGCUCCUGCUAACAAUCAAAUGACUUCCCCACAAAUUCAAAAAGAUUUAGCACGUGCUUGUGCUUCAGAGGUUACACUUGCUAUAAUUAAUGAUAUUGGGGAUAAAGUGUUUACUAUAAUGAUUGACGAGGCUCGAGAUGUUUUAUUGAAAGAGCAAAUGGGAGUAGUUUUUAGAUAUGUGAAUGGUGAAGGAUGUGUGAUUGAAAGAUUUAUUGGAAUUGCACAUGUUGUUGAUAUUUGUUCACAUUCUCUGAAAGAUGCUAUUAGUGAUUUAUUUGAGAAACAUGGUUUAUAUCUCUCAAAAUUGAGAGGUCAAGGAUAUGAUGGAGCUACAAACAUAAGAGCUUCAAUUAUAAUUGCCAAGAAUAUUAUGUCGGUGAAGGACUUUUGUAGCUAUGUUUCCAUGAUAGUGCAUACGACUGGAGCAUCUUGCAAAAGAAAAGAUCAACUUAGAAUGUUACAACAUGAGAGAUUAAUGAAGGAACUAAAUGAUGAAGUAAGGAUAAGUGGAAGAGGUCAAAAUCAGGAAACUAGUUUGGCAAAACCUGGAGAUACUCGAUGGGCCUCACAUUAUUUUACAUUGCUUCGUUUAUGUGCUAUGUGGCCUUCAGUUGAGAGAGUGUUGGAAAAUGUACGUGAUGAUACCAUAAGCUCUGAAGUUAGAAGUACUGCAAGAGGUUUGCUUGGAAAGAUGAACAACUACGAGUUUGUGUUUGUGAUGCACUUGAUGAAAUAUUUGUUAGGAAUCAAAAAUGAGUUGUCAUUUGCCUUACAGAAAAAGGAUCAAAAAUAUUGUGCAAGCCAUGUCAUUGAUUGA